AUGUCAGAUCCCAAGUUCCCGAAUCUCUCAAAUUCUACUCCUCCUGUACCGACAACCAGGUUGAAACAGAUAUGCAACGAUGCUUGUUUCGCCGCCCUAGAGAAAGUUGAGGCCUACGAGCACUCACGGACCGAGUCCUGGAACACUUCAAUUAUUAACCAUAUACUCCGUGCAUUGAUCUCGGAGUCUAUUCCCUCGUCUGCAGUAUCCUCCACAUCAUCGUCGUCGCCUUUUAAGUUCGCUGUAAACUCUACCAUCAUCCAGCACUUGACUUCACGUCAGGCUCUUCCUUCCACCAGCACGGGCACUGGCGAUGCAGAUAAUGCCGGUAGCGAAUUGGUCUCUGGGCGUGGGGGCUCGGACAGCAGCGCAGGCGUUGGAAGGAGGGGAAUGCACAGCGCCUGUGGGGCAUACUGGAAUAACGAGAGGGAUGGCAUGUGGAGCUUCAAGUACGAAACCAAAGGAAUGGAUGUGGUUAUUUCCGUUAUCUGGAUUGCUGUUUAA